CGAACAUAUACAUAUCUACCAUUGAUUCUCUAAUGAUGCUUUUUGUUAAGGUUUGGUGACGAUUAUAUAGUUCUGUCCAUUCAUUUUCCAGCUACUAAAUUCUAGAAUUAGAUAGAACAGAAUCCCUAAAUCUGCGUGCUAAGUAAGCAAGAUAACAUUACAUUGAAGAUUGAAGAAGUUGCAUAGAGAAAAAGAAGAUCAAUGGCUCAAACUCAGGAGAAGCAAGUGAUGGUGGUUGGCAUCGACGACAGCGAUUAUAGUACCUACGCUCUUGAAUGGACUUUGGAUCAUUUGGUUGCACCAAUACCAAAUCCAAUCUUCAAACUUGUUCUUGUUUAUGCCAAACCUUCUGUUAGUGCUAGUGUUGGAUUUGUUGGACCUGGAGCUUCUGAGGUGUUGCCUAUUGUGGACGCCGAUUUGAAAAGAACUGCUGUGUUGGUUAUCGAACGAGCUAAAGAAAUCUGCACGAAAAGAUCGGUAAAAGACAUAGUAGUCGAAACGGUGGAAGGUGAUCCUAGAAAUGUUCUUUGUGAUGCUGUGGAAAAGCACCAUGCUUCAACAUUGGUUGUUGGUAGUCAUGGUUAUGGAGCUAUAAAAAGGGCGGUUUUAGGGAGUGUAAGUGACUAUUGUGCUCAUCAUGCUCAUUGCACUGUGAUGAUUGUGAAGAAGCCAAAACACAAACAUUGAUCUCAUUGGCUGCAUCUACAUUAUACUAAAGCAAUAAGAAUUAAUCUUUUCAUCAAAAGAAAACAUGAAUUCCUUUAAAAAAAUCAUUAUGCUUGUUUAUUCCAUGUCAUGUUGACUCUAGACUAAGGUUUAUUUCACUUUUUUAAUAUAAUCAAAACACUAAUAGUUUGUAAAUGUGAUUGUUCUGUCACUUAUGUGUGCUUAAAUGAAUAAUGUGUGUAAGGUGAUUCUACCAUAUUCAAUACUUUCUCUUUUACUUGUCA